GCCAUUAAACUCCAGAAGAAGAACGCUGCGCCGCUGCUUGUUUGUUUUUAGAACGAUAAAAGCAUUCUGAAGCGGUUUAAAGUUUUUGCAAAUAUGAAAUGAAUGUAAAUUAUGAGCUAAUGUAAUAUUGUGAUGCAUAUUUUAAAACGCAGAUAGUAAGUUUCCCGUAAAUGGCGCAACAUUUCUGAGUACUUUGAUUUUCUUCUUAUAGAAAAGACACACUUCCAAUCUACGGGAAACAUCUAUGAUUGUAAAGAUGGAGUUUAUUAAAGAAGAGCGUGAAAACAUGAGAGUAACAGAAGCAUGCAGAGUGAAAAAUGAAGAAACUGAAGAACAUGGAGAUAGACAGAGAUAACAGAUAGACAGAUAGACCCUCUCCAGUCUCCAUGCAGAAUAAAACAGAUCUGAUGGAAGUUAAAGAGGAAAGUCUAGAACUGAAUGAAGUGGAGAAGAAACAUCGGAAUCUUGAACCUGAUAAUGUCUCAGCUGGAGAAAAAUCUUUUCUUCGAUUCAUACAGAGUGAAAAUUAUAUCUCACUGAAAGAAACAGGAGCCAAAAAUCCUAUUAUCUGCCCUCAAUGUGGAAAGAGUUUCACAAAAAGAGGAACCCUUAAGAUUCACAUGAGAAUUCACACUGGAGAGAGGCCUUACACAUGUGAUCAGUGUGGAAAGAGUUUCACACAUCCAUCAAGCUUUCAGAUUCACAUGAGAGCUCACGCUGGAGAGAAGCCUUUCAGAUGCCCUCAGUGUGGAAAGAGUUUCACAGACAAAUCAAACUUUGAGAUUCACGUAAGAGCUCACUGUGGAGAGAAGCCUUACACAUGCCAUCAGUGUGGAUUGAAUUACGCACACAAAAAAACCCUUGAGAUACACAUGAGAACUCAUGCUGGACAGAAGCAUUUCACAUGCCAGCAGUGUGGAAAGACUUGCACACACAAAAAAACCCUUCAGAUUCACUUGAGAACUCAUGCUGGAGAGAAGCAUUUCACAUGCCAGCAGUGUGGAAAGAUUUACAAACACAAAAGAAGUCUUCAGAUUCACAUGAGAACUCACUCUGGAGAGAAGCCUUACACUUGCCAUCACUGUGGAAAGAGUUUCACAGAUCCAUCAAACUUUAAGAUUCACAAGAGAACUCAUUCUGGAGAGAAGCCUUACACCUGCCCUCAGUGUGGAAAGUGUUUCACACAGAUAAGAUGCUUGAAGAACCAUAUAAAGACUCACAAUGGAGAGAGGCCUUACAUUUGCCCUCAUUGUGGAAAGGGUGUCGCAAGUAAAAGAAACCUUGAGAAUCACAUGAGAACUCACUCUGGAGAGAAGUCUUACACUUGCCCUCAGUGUGGAAAGAGUUUCACUUUACCAGAAUACCUUAAGAUUCACAUUAGAAUUCACACAGGUGAAAAGCCUUACUCAUGCCAUCAAUGUGGAAAGAGCUUCAUCUAUUACAGUAGCCUAAUAAGUCAUGGUAAAAUUCAUUCUGGUGAGAAAUCAUACCAAUGUUCUGAGUGUGGCAAGAGGUUUGUAGACUUACGCAAUUUAAAAAGUCAUCUGCGCUCUCACUCUAUAGAAAGGCCAUUUAGCUGUGACCAAUGCAGUAAAAAAUUCAGCUUUGCAUCAUAUUUAAAAAAACACCAGGCAAUUCAUAAAAAUGACAGACCUUAACCCCUUACACCCUGAAGGCAUUUUCAGGGAUUUCCACUAAAAUGGCAUACCCAAAAGUAAGAGCUUAUAACUUUAAAAAAAUGGCAAAGAACAUCAAUUGCUUGGUAUACAUUUUUCGAAAACCUUUCAAAAUAUAUGAAAAUAUAUUUGGAUCCUGCUCAGAGACUCUUAAACACUGCUGACAAAACAUACAAACAUAACGCUAAAAAUUUACUUUUAAAGUUUUACUUUUAAAUUUUACUUUUUAAUUAUUAAAUUUGACAUUAUACCUUUUAGACAGUAAGUAUGGAUGGUCAAAAAUGUUAUGGUGUUGUUCUACAACAUGUCAUACAACUAUACCAGGAAAAAAAAAAUAGUUGAUAGAACAAAGCAAUCUAAACUUAUGGAACAAUAGUGGACUUUUAUUUAGCAAAGUGUCCAAAUAACCUCUCCAAACAAUAAUAAAUGUGUUUUAUUGAACAUUAAAACAGAAUAACUGAAAACUAUGAAUGCAAAAAUAUAAAAAUACUUAAACUAGUCCCAUUUAACACAUUUCACAUAUUUUUCCAUCACUUGUUCCAUCACUCUAAAAAAAGAAAAAAAAAGUGCAUUGAGUGCCCUCUUGUGCGCAGUCUAUGUAUGUGCGCACUGGUUCUGGUCCACAUGUGGAACACGUAACUUGUGAAAUCUGACACUCUCUGGAUAUCCAAUGACAGUGAUCUGACAUAUAUAUGAUGUGAAGAAUCCUGUUUCAUUGAGUCGCCGUUGCUAUAGCGAUCUCUAUUAGCGCUAGCCAGCAUAGCUUGUUUGUGAAACUCUUUGAGGUAUAUCUGUGGAUUUACCGAUCAUAUGAUGUCGAGUGAGGGCUUGUUUGAUUCAGGACUACCUGCUGUAAGUUAUGAUAUAUUACAUUUUUUAUAUGAUGUUUAUUUUUCAUGAAGUAAUAAACCAAAAUAUGAUGGAAAGGCUGUUUAUCAUUUUAUAUAUAUAAACUCAGCAAAAAAAAGAAAUGCCCCUUUUUCAGGACACUGUAUUUUAAAAAUAACUUUGUAAAAAUCCAAAUAACUUUACAGAUCUUUAUUGUAAAGGGUUUAAACAAUGUUUUUCAUGCUUGUUAACCAUAAACAAUUAAUGAACAUGCAUCUGUGGAAUGGUCGUUAAGACACUAACAGCUUACAGACGGUAGGCAAUUAAGGUCACAGUUAUAAAAACUUAGGACACUAAAGACCUUUCUACUGACUCUGAAAAACACCAAAAGAAAGAUGCCCAGGGUUCCUGAUCAUCUGUGUGAACGUGCCUUAGGCAUGCUGCAUGGAGGCAUGAGGACUGCAGAUGUGGCCAGGGCAAUACAUUGCAAUGUCCAUACUGUGAGACGCCUAAGACAGCGCUACAGGGAGGUACAUCCGAAUAUCACACCUGUGGGACAGGUACAGGAUGGCAACAACAUCUGCCCGAGUUACACCAGGAACGCACAAUCCCUCCAUCAGUGCUCAGACUGUCCGCAAUAGGCUGAGAGAGGCUGGACUGAGGGCUUGUAGGCCUGUUAUAAGGCAGGUCCUUACCAGACAUCACCGGCAACAACGUCACCUAUGGACACAAACCCACCUUCGCUGGAUGACACAAGACUGGCAAAAAGUGCUCUUCACUGACGAGUCGCGGUUUUGUCUCACCAGGGGUGAUGGUCGAACUUGCGUUUAUCGUCGAAGAAAUGAGCGUUACACCGAGUCUGUACUCUGGAGCGGGAUCGAUUUGGAGGUGGAGGGUCCGUCAUGGUCUGGGGUGGUGUGUCACUGCAUCAUCGGACUGAGCUUGUUGUCAUUGCUGGCAAUCUCAACGCUGUGCGUUACAGCGAAGACAUCCUCCUCCCUCAUGUGGUACCCUUCCUGCAGGCUCAUCCUGACAUGACCCUCAAGCAUGACAAUGCCACCAGCCAUACUGCUUGUUCUGUGUGUGAUUUCCUGCAAGACAGGAAUGUCAGUGUUCUGCCAUGGCCAGCGAAGAGCCCAGAUCUCAAUCCCAUUGAGCACGCCUGGGACCUGUUGGAUCGGAGGGUGAGGGCCAGGGCCAUUCCCCCCAGAAAUGUCUGGAAACUUGCAAGUGCCUUGGUGGAAGAGUGGGGUAACAUCUCGCAGCAAGAACUGGCAAAUCUGGUGCAGUCCAUGAGGGGGAGAUGCACUGCAGUACUUAAUGCAGCUGGUGGCCACACCAGAUACUGACUGUUACUUUUGAUUUUGACCCCCCCUUUGUUCAGGGACACAUUAUUCCAUUUCUGUUAGUCACAUGUCUGUGAAACAUGUUCAGUUUAUGUCUUAGUUGUUGAAUCUUUUUAUGUUCAUACAAAUAUUUAAACAUGUUAAGCUUGCUGAAAAUAAAAGCAGUUGAAAGUGAGAGGACGUUUCUUUUUUUGCUGAGUUUAUAUAAAUACAUGUGGAUUUCACAUGCUAAUACUCACUGUAGUUUGGUCUAUGAAUGAAACAAAUUAUAUUAUAUUAAAUUAUAUGCUCAUUAUAUUCUACUAAUCAAGACCUUUCCAAAGAUAUGUAACACAUGGCUGUUUGGUAUUUAGUAUCUUUUUUACUUUUUUGUUAUAUAUGAUUAUCACAAAUGUGCUUUUUUUUUUAUUUUUCAGCAAAUUUAAAAGCAGUAUUUUAGAACUGGUCAGAACAGCUAUAUUCAUUGUAAAGAUAAAAGUCAAAGUUUUAAAAUGACACCAAAUUUGUGCAGAUCAAGCAAGUGGUUGAAAAAAGAACCAGAGAAUGCAUUCUAAGUUGUCGGCCGAUUGUGGAAGAGGACGAUAACUGGUUAACUGGCCAGAGGUUUUUAAAAUCAGUCUAAUUGAAUGUACAAUGUACUAGAAUCACUAUAAAGUAAACAUUGUCUUAUGGCCUAAAAAAAAUACUGUAUGAGCAGUAAUUAAUCAACAGUAGAUAAUCAGUGAUCGCUUGUCAGUUGUCAUAUGUCUUAUAACAUUUCACAUUAAUAAUCGUGAAUUCCUCUAUAAAUGGCGAUGGUGGCAGAGUCUUGGCUCCAUUACAUUGCUCAGAAUUAAAAUAUUAAAAAAAAAAUUGUUUUUGUAGUCUAAAUAUUCACCAGAAAAAGGGUUUUGACCACAGAGAAACAUGGAAUAAUAAUAAAAAAAAAAAAACUCAGUGUCGAUUUUUGCAGAUAUCUUCCAAAAAACAACUAUCGGCACCAAAUAAUUGGUAAAAGCGAUAUAGCGAUCGAUCUCUAAAAUACACACUGAAGUUCUUGUGUGUUUUGAGUGUGGGAAAGCCUUUAGCAAAACAAGACACCAAAGAAUUCAUAUUGGUGAAGAAUUGUCCAAAAGAAAAUUAUUGUCCAAUCAAAUUCAGGUCCAACGCUUGCAAUAAAAUAGUUGAGAAACUUUUAAAUUAAUUAAAUUCAUUUCAAUUCAUUUCAUUUAUUUGUCUUAUAACCAAGGACACUAAUGUGUGUAUUUAAUUAAAUGUGCUUAUUGUUCUUAAUAAAAUGAUCAGAAAUUAAAAGGAGCACGUUUUGUAUUGAUUGACCUAUAUUUAAUGGAUUCAGAGAACAAAUUUGAGAGAACACUGGUUAAUCAUUUCAACUCUAGUAGUACUGCAGAUUCCUGCUUCGAUGAAAUAUAAUGCUGUGGUUAUAUAAAAAAGGGAAACUGAUUUUUUUUAUAGCAGUACUAAAACUGUAACGAUUUAACUGAAGUGCGUAUAAAUGAUCCCCUUCAUCCCACCAGAGAGAACCUUGUCUGAGUUUCACCUCUAUCAAUGCUCAUCUAUAAACUCUCAUUGUUCUUACCUUUUCUUAAUUUCCUGUUUGUAUUGUUUAGGCUAGAUGUUUUGUUUUACUGUGUCUUUGCAAAGCAUGGGUUGCAUUGAGAAAUUAUUUGCACUGACUACGUUUACAUGGACUCCAGAAAGCGGGUUUUUGCAAGAAAGCUGCAAUCACGUUUACUUGCACUGUAUAAUCGUGUACUCUUUACUCCCGUAUACAUGCGACUCGAUCAGAAAGCAGCUUUUUUCAUAGUAACGUAAUUUCUCUGCAACGCUUUGGUAAAUAACAAUCAUGGUAUCCAAGGAAGACUUCAUUAUUUUAUUCUCCAUUGCUUCACUUUAUUUACAGAUAUUCCAGAAAUGUUGCUGUGUUUGUGUUCUGUCGCGACAUGCAGCAGAAUCUCCGGGAUUCUCCAAAUGUAUGAGCGCAUAUAUGCGAACUUGAGGGACUGUCAAUAUUUUAAAUUGCUGGGUAUGAAUGGGUAUAGUUUAGUUUCCCAUUGUACUCCCAAACCUGUUUAAUUCUACCUGUUGUGUUGACUUGUUGUUGGGCUCCAUCCUACGUCGUAAGUCUGUUUCACACACGUGUACUCUUCAAACACCCAUCAGAAUGCAGAUUAUGCGUUUACAUGCCACAUUAAACCACUUUCUAUAAAAUUCCCUUUAAUGGCUUAAGGAAACCAGCGUUUCUUGUUUCAGAGCACCACUUUCUGCAAAACCCUGGAAUAAACCGAUUUCUUAAGUGUAUGUAAACAUGGUCAUUGUCUUACUGUCUAGUUUAUGGUCUUUGUGUACAGACAUUCUUUGAAUUCUGAUUUGGGUUUAUUUGACUGACAUGUUAACAAACAAACAUGAUGAAUAUGGAUUACAAAACUGUCUGUAAACCAGGGGGUAUUCCAGAAAGCCACGUUAACCAACUCUGGCAUGAACCCCGAGGUGAUUAAACAGAGAUUACUCACGGUUAUUUACUCUAGAAUAUAAGUUUGGGUUAGUUCAGUCAACCCUGAAUUUGCGAGUCUAUGCAUGUAAAAGUCCCUUUUAGAGUCCCUUCCAUUUUCUCUCAUUCAUUUGAAAAGAAGUGACCCGUGUCUGUUAAAUAGUCUCUGAUGCGUGUUCACAGUGAACUCAGAAAGGUAUUCUCAGCAGAGCGCCGAAUCAGGGCCGUUUCUAGGCAUAGGCAUACUAGGCAGUCGCCUGUGCCAAUCAGUGUUGGGUAAGUUACUCGAAAAAAGUAAUUAAUUACUAACUACUAAUUACAUCUUCUACAUUGUAAUUAGAUUAUUUUACUAAUUACUCUGUCUGAAAAAUAACUGCAUUACUUAUUACUAAUUACUUUCUAAAAACCUGAUCAACCUCGACCAGAUGAAAAAUACAAGGAUUGACAUGAAACUGUUCUUUUAAUUCUUUCAAAUAAUUAAUAUAAAAUCAAAUAAAUUAUUCUUGAACUGGCCAAAGAAUUUAAGGGAGCAGCGUUAAAUUAGAAAACAUAUACAGGUGCUGGUCAUAUAAUUAGAAUAUCAUCAAAAAGUGGAUUUAUUUCACUAAUUCCAUUCAAAAAGUGAAACUUGUAUAUUAUAUUCAUUCAUUACACACAGACUGAUAUAUUUCAAAUGAUUAUUUCUUUUAAUUUUGAUGAUUAUAACUGACAACUAAGGAAAAUCCCAAAUUCAGUAUCUCAGAAAAUUAGAAUAUUGUGAAAAGGUUCAACAUUGAAGACACCUGGUGCCACACUCUAAUCAGCUAAUUAACUCAAAACACCUGCAAAGGCCUUUAAAUGGUCUCUCAGUCUAGUUCUGUACGCUACACAAUCAUGGGGAAGACUGCUGACUUGACAGUUGUCCAAAAGACGACCAUUGACACGUUGCACAAGGAGGGCAAGACACAAAAGGUCAUUGCAAAAGAGGCUGGCUGUUCACAGAGCUCUGUGUCCAAGCACAUUAAUAGAGAGGCGAAGGGAAGGAAAAGAUGUGGUAGAAAAAAGUGUACAAGCAAUAGGGAUAACCGCACCCUGGAGAGGAUUGUGAAACAAAACCCAUUCAAAACUGUGGGGGAGAACCACUACGCACAGACUUAUGCAAGACAUGGGUUUCAGCUGUCGCAUUCCUUGUGUCAAGCCACUCUUGAACAACAGACAGCGUCUGAAGUGUCUCGCCUGGGCUAAAGACAAAAAGGACUGGACUGCUGCUGAGUGGUCCAAAGUUAUGUUCUCUGAUGAAAGUAAAUUUUGCAUUUCCUUUGGAAAUCAGGGUCCCAGAGUCUGGAGGAAGAGAGGAGAGGCACACAAUCCACGUUGCUUGAGGUCCAGUGUAAAGUUUCCACAGUCAGUGAUGGUUUGGGGUGCCAUGUCAUCUGCUGGUGUUGGUCCACUGUGUUUUCUGAGGUCCAAGGUCAACGCAGCCGUAUACCAUGAAGUUUUAGAGCACUUCAUGCUUCCUGCUGCUGACCAACUUUAUGGAGAUGCAGAUUUCAUUUUCCAACAGGACUUGGCACCUGCACACAGUGCCAAAGCAACCAGUAUCUGGUUUAAGGACCAUGGUAUCCCUGUUCUUAAUUGGCCAGCAAACUCGCCUGACCUUAACCCCAUAGAAAAUCUAUGGGGUAUUGUGAAGAGGAAGAUGCGAUAUGCCAGACCCAACAAUGCAGAAGAGCUGAAGGCCACUAUCAGAGCAACCUGGGCUCUCAUAACACCUGAGCAGUGCCACAGACUGACCGACUCCAUGCCACGCCGCAUUGCUGCAGUAAUUCAGGCAAAAGGAGCCCCAACUAAGUAUUGAGUGCUGUACAUGCUCAUACCUUUCAUGUUCAUACUCUUCAGUUGGCCAAGAUUUCUAAAAAUCCUUUCUUUGUAUUGGUCUUAAGUAAUAUUCUAAUUUUCUGAGAUACUGAAUUUGGGAUUUUCCUUAGUUGUCAGUUAUAAUCAUCAAAAUUAAAAGAAAUAAACAUUUGAAAUAUAUCAGUCUGUGUGUAAUGAAUGAAUAUAAUAUACAAGUUUCACUUUUUGAAUGGAAUUAGUGAAAUUAAUCAACUUUUUGAUGAUAUUCUAAUUAUAUGACCAGCACCUGUAUUUUAACAUUAGACGUUAAAUUUAGAUUUUAAAUUCACUAUUGUUUUAUAUAGAAUUGUUCUGUAGUCUAUACAGUAUUUAAUGCAAUUACAUCAGAAGUAACUGUAAUUAAAUUACUGAAAAAUUAAGAGUAAUCAUUACUUUUUUCAAUGAAAAAGUAAUUUAAAAGUAAUGCAUUACACCCAACACUGGUGCCAAUGCAUAAGCCGCCACUCCACCAGCACCCCCAAGUCACAGAUGAUGUCUAAUAACUCCGAACGAGCAUUAUAAAGUUGUCUUCACUCGUAAUAGCAAUAGCUGUAUUGGUUUAGGACUGAGAGUCUGCUUGACGGAAAGCAUACAGAAUCAACGUGUGCAUUUUUUUAAUUCAUAAAACCAAAGUUUUACCAUACUUUUAAAAGCCUACUGCUACCUAAAUGUUUAAUAUGCCGACCGUUGUUAUUUGUUUUCACUAAACUUCAUAACAGAUAUUAACAUUAGAAUAAUUACCUGUAUUCUGUAGGUUCUCUAAAAAACUAAAAAAAAUCAGUUAAUUUUACUGGUGUUUUACCAUGUACUGUACAUGCUUAUUUUAUUGUACUGUAUGUUAUGUGUACUGUAUGUACUUUUAUUUUUAAUACCAUUUGAUGUACCCAGUUUAACAUUUGGGUUUCUAAAAAUUUAGCAUCUUUCAAUUCUCACAGUUGCAGAUGACAGAUGGUGUCACUGCAUUAAUGGACCCUCUUUCAGUUGUUGUGAUUUCCCAUAGAUUUAAUGUACUGUUUUUCAGUUGGCCACACAUGAUUAUUCAUGUGCAUUAUAAGAUGACAAAGACGUGGACAAUGAUAGGAGUUACAUGUCCAUUAUGUUCUUUUCUUAUUUGGUGUGACAUUAAAACUUGCUUGUUGUCUUGUCAACUAAAAGGCCAUGGCUGGGCAUUCUCAUGUAGAGGAGGGUCCAUCUGCCUCCAGCAACUUGGUACUGAAUGAAAUGAUGUUGUUUUAAUUGAAAAUCAUGUGUCUGAUUAUACAUUGUGGAUGUUUAUGAUCUCAAAAUUAGGAAAAAGUAACUCUCAUCUCUUCCUAGUUGCAAAGGAAGCUGUAAAAGGUAAAUUAUGCAAGGCAGAUUAAAAAUGUAAUUUAGAGAAGGACCAUAUAAAGCUCCAAGUGGAGUAGAGGAGGCUGAGCAUCAGAGAGAUUCAGUAUAUCUUUAGACUUAAUCACUUGACCACCAGUUCAAGGAGGGCACUGCAGGUGACUGAUAACAGCAUGUCUCAUUUAUAUUUUCAGAUAAUAAAGAGUGCAAUGAACAAGUCUGGAAAUCUGUGCAUUUUUUCAUGUACAUGAAUUAAAGUGAUAAAUCAACUCCCUAAACUCUUUGCUACUGUAUAUCUGUGGUCCAUGAGAUGAUCACAUAUUAUCUAGUUAGUGAAGAAGAAUAAUGAGUGAUGAAUUUUAUUGCCUUAACUUUAAAUUGACAGAAAUUACAUGCAUAUUGAUACUAUUCAAUGUCAUUUUAAAAUUAACAUUCAUUGACUGAAGGAACUGUAAAAAGUUGUGGGUUGUGUAAUUUUAUUCUAUGAUAUUUUAAAUACAGUAUGUUAAUAAUAUUAAUAUCAUUAAAUUAUUAUUUGUGCUAAAUAUAAAUACGCUAAGCCCUCUCUUUACAAUUAUGAGUAUGGAGGCCUUUACAAUGUGUUCUAUGUUGAAA